AUGUCAACAGAAAAUGAUAUCGAGAAGAUUGACCAAAUGGUGAAAGAUGAAAUUAAGACAUCGUUUAAUCAUCAAUGCUAUCAAUCAACUGAACAGAAAGAAUUGAUGAAGCGAUUCUAUGCUGAAGAUCCGGCGAUUGAGACAGAUAUCAUCAAAUAUCAUGAUCAUACCAAAAAUGAAGUCUUAGAUGAAAUGAUUAUAUUGAUGAAUACAAAUGUCACCAAUGUGGUCCAAAGACGUAUGAAUAUACAAUCAUGUCUCGAAAAGAUCGCAGAAGAUUUGGUCAAUCACAAUAAUGAAUUAACUACGGUGAAGGCAUGUAUCCAUAAUUUGGAAAAACAAAUGAAUGAAAUAAAGAUUGAAAACGAUCGAAGAGCAGCUGAAGUUGGUGAACGAAACAAAGAAAAGGGAUAUCUACAACAUCAAUGGGAACAAAUGGACGCUGAAAAAAAGACAUUAGAACAGAAGAUCGAACGAGAGAGUCAAACAAAUAUCAGUGAUCAAGAGAAGAUUCAAAAAUAUAUCAAUGGAUUACAAACGGAGUCAAUCACUGGUACUUCUGUUGUUAUUGCUGACCGCCACAGUGAGAGUGAUGAAACUCAAGAGGCUCAACGGCUGCUGAAAGUUCUGCAAUGUUUUGAAGAAAACAAUUUAGAGAUUGAAAAACAAUUAACAAAAUUUCAGAAGAUGAAGUCAGUGAAAGAAGACACGAUUCAAGAAUAUACAAAAGCAGAGAUAGAAAUUGAAGCCGAAGAAAAAUUGUUAACGGAUAUAAAUAACAAUAUCAAAGAGAAAAAAGCAGAAUUAAAUGAUUUAUUGGCCUAA